UCAGACGUCAUGCGGCGGCCGAGUGAGCACGAACUUUAAACGUGUAUCGGUGAUACGAAUUUUGUACAAUAAAUUUAUUGCCCUAAGUAAGUUUACAGACGCAUGUGGGCUUUAUCAAUUGUGUCGCGAUAGCAGUGCUCAAUGUAAGAAGAAGUCACCCGCUGUGUGAGUGAUCGCGUGCCACCCGCAUGCUAUUCAUGCUGCUGCUUCACCACCCAAUGAUUUGAAGCGGCCCACACAGCAGAGGCAUCUACGAGCCGCCUCUCGGCUACUUUACGCCGUAUAACACACCACCGUACAUAGCCGCCUACUCGGAUUCCGGCAGCUGGUUGGCGGAUCACCACCAACACCACCAGCAGCAGCACCAGCAGCACCAGCAGCAGAUGCAGCACAUCAGGUUUCCCACGCCGCCCAUCACACCGCCGCGUCCCAUCGCCGGAUACGGAUAUCGUCAGCGCACCCAGUCCGUGAUCAUGAAGGCUCGUGGCCAGCAGGACGAGCUCUGCCGCAGUCCAGUGGAGUUCCCCGACGACAGCAAGUCCUGCAGCAGCAGCAGCGAGUGCGGCACCGCCAGCGAUUUCGUAUGCAACUGGACAGAUUGCGAUAGAGUUUUCGACACCUUGGAUGCACUGGCACAGCACGUGACCCAGCGACAUGCGAUCGCCAGCCUGACAGACGGACUCUACUAUUGCCGCUGGCGGGGAUGUCAGCGCAGCGAGCGAGGAUUCAAUGCCCGCUACAAGAUGCUUGUCCAUACCCGCACCCACACGAAGGAGAAGCCACAUCGCUGUCACCUGUGCGAGAAGUCCUUCUCGCGGGCGGAGAACCUGAAGAUCCACAUUAGGUCACACUCGGGCGAGAAACCCUACAAGUGCAGCUUCGAGGGCUGCCAGAAGGCGUACUCGAACUCCUCGGAUCGUUUCAAGCACACGCGCACCCAUUCGAUGGAGAAGCCGUACAUGUGCAAAGUGGCCGGCUGCCAGAAGCGCUACACGGAUCCGUCCUCGCUGCGAAAGCACGUCAAGACCUUCAAGCACAGCAUCCACCUGAUCGCCAGCCAGCCGCUCACUCUGCCCAGCGUACCCUGUCUCCUGGAGGCCAGCAGCGAAUCAGCGUUCACGUGUCUUCCCGCUGCCAGCAGUGUGGAGUCCACCAGCUCCUCCUCAUCCGCCCGCUACUACGAUGACUCCAACAAUGAGCCCAGCGAUUACUCGCUAAAACCCAAACAGGAUGCGGAAUUCUCGCCCAGCUAUUGGCUAGGCGAUAGACAGCAUAGCUAUCUCCACAGCGAGGACUUCUUCGUUAAGAUGGACGUGGAGUCACCGCUCGACCUGCGCAUCCAUCGAAUCUGAACUGGCCAAUCGGUUCGCCUCUCGUCUCUCUUCCCCUUCUAGUCAUUGCGCUGUUUCCCAGCUCUUGUCACCACACCUAGAUUACUAUUUAACGUGAUUAAAGACUGUUGUAAUUG